AUGUCUUUACCAAUCGAAACAUCAGACAUGGCGUCUGAAACGCCGGAGAUCCAAACUCAGUCCGUGGGUCCAUCGUCAGAUAUUGUGGCCCCUGAGCCCGAUUUCGUUGCAAUGGAGGCCGAAGAGGAUGAGAUAAUGGAAGACACAGAAGAGGUUGUGAAAACACUUCCUUUGUCGAAGGUCAAGAGGAUAUUCAAACUAGAUCCAGAAUACUCUGGCGCUGCUGCAAGUGCUGCUUACGCUACCGCGGUGGCCACGGAACUUUUCGUGCAAUACUUGGCUGAACAAUCCGCUAUGAUUGCAAGAACAGAGAGACGCAAGAAGAUACAAUACAAGGACGUAAGUGCCGCCGCUAAUUCUCAAGAAGCUCUUUUCUUCUUGAGUGAUACCAUUCCAAAGACUCAGGUCCUCGGCGAUGCUGUUAAACUGAAAACUAUCAAUAUCUCCACCGAUGAUCAAACUAAAUUGAAAGCUAUGGAGGGCGAGGAGCCAACCGCAGUGUCCGAGACGAUUGUAGAAGGUGGGAAUAUACCCAUUGCUGCUGUCAAUGAGCUUCCUAAGGGACAAAGCACCCUACCAUUCCAAGUUGUUCCUGAGACGAAGAUAAAGAAGGCUGGCCUCCUGGAUCUCAUGUCUAAUGACGAACCCGCCACGAUAGUGAUUGAUUAG